AUGGCUACUGGGGGUUCCUUCAGAGAGCUCUCUGAGGAACUAGCCUGUCCCAUCUGCUUGGAGUAUUUCAAGGAUCCAAUGAUCCUCACUGAGUGCUGCCACAACUUCUGCCGAGCCUGUCUGACCCGGAGCUGGCAGGAGUCGGGAGCCAUAGCUUCCUGCCCAGUGUGCAAACACACCGCUGAGCCGACAAACCUCCGGCCUAAUCGGCAGCUGGCAAAUGUUGUGGAAAUAACUAGAAAACUCAGUUUCCAGAGGAAAGAAAGAGUGAAAGAAGAGACCCGGGAGAGAAUCUGUGAAAAACACAGGAAGCCGCUGAACCUUUUCUGCCAAACUGAUGGGAUCCUCAUUUGUAAGACCUGUGACAGAUCUAAGAAGCACAAAAAUCAUGAGGCGAUUCCUGUUGAGGAGGCUGCCCAGGGUUACAAGGAUAAGAUCUUCAGCUGCCUGGAGAGUUUGAGGAUCGAGAGAGAGAAAAUUCUAAAAUAUUUAGCUGAUGCUAAAGAUGAAAACCAAGAAAUGCUUAAAAUUACAAAAUCAGAAAAGCAAAAGACAGUGGCUGAGUUCAGACGACUACACCAGCUUCUGGAAGAACAAGAAAACCGUCUGCUGGCCCAGAUAGAAGAGGUGGAGAAUGAGAUAGCCAGAAAAAGGGACGAGCACCUGGCCAAGCUCUCUGAGGAACUUUCUUCUCUCAAAAGCCUCAUCCGGGAGAUGGAGGAAAAGCAUCAGCAGCCAGUGAGUGAACUCCUGCAGGAUGUCAGAAGCAGCUUGCAGAGGUGUAAGGAGAAGGAGAACUUUAAGAAUCCAGUGGUUUUCUCUUCUGACCUGAAAUGGAGGCUCCAGGGCUGCUGUGAUAUCAGUCCCUUUCUGGGGGGUGUCAUGAAGCAAUUCAAAGACACUCUGGUUUCUGAACUUCAGAUGCAAAAAGAAAGCGUGACCCUGGAUCCAACCACAGCUUCUCACAAACUCAUUGUGUCUGAGGACCGGAGAAGCAUUAAACUCCGAAGUGAAGAUCGAGACCUGCCUGAAGUUCCUGAUGAGACCAUUUAUGCCUUUGUACUGGGCUGUGAGGGAUUCACAGCAGGCUGCCAUUUCUGGCAAGUCAGUGUGGGAAGUGAGGAAGGCUGGGCUGUGGGGGUGGCCAGGAAGUCUAUGAAGGGCAGAGUCACUUUUAUUCCUGAGAAAGGGAUCUGGGCUGUGGGGAGGAGUAAGGGCCGGUACAAGGCUUUCAUAAAGGGCACUGACCCUUCUCCCCUGACCCUGCAGGGGGAGCUCAACAGGAUCCGAGUGUGUCUUAACUAUGCUGGGGGGCGAGUGGCCUUUUUUGACGCUGACCAAGUAGCCCUGCUCUACGAGUUCUCAGGAGCCUCCUUCUCUGGAGAGAUCCUCUGUCCCUUCUUUGCUGUGAAAAAUAAAGGCUACCUCACACUUUGUCCUUUAGACAGUCAAAGUUCUCUCACAGGCUCUGGUGAUGUUGCUCAUGAGUGCAAGAUGACUAAAUUUUAA